UCACUCUAUUAUCUCAUCCACUUCCUCACUUCCCCACCACCUCUCCUUUUCUUCCUUCCCUAAAACCUCGCCGGAAAGAACCACUGACCGGCGGCGCAACCACCACCCCCAUGUCCACUUCUUCAAUGCCCUCAAUUCCCUUCCUCUUCCUCUCUCCCCCAACCAAGCCAAGCCUCUCCGUUUCAUUAAGGCCACACUCUUCCUCUUCUUCCUUUUCUUCAUUUUCUUGCUCUUUGGUUUCCAAGCGCUCCAAUGGAUUCGCCAACAGGACGACUAAGCUUUCGAUAUUCGCUUGCUCCACGUCGCCGUUCAUAGGGAGAGUGGGUCUGCAGUGGCGGGAGGGGAACGUGUCCCUACUGUCGUUUGGGGUGAACCCAUAUGCGAUGACCGAAGUUGGGAAGAAGAGCGAUUCAUCCCAGGCUCUGUCGGCAUUGCUUCCCUUUGUGGUCGCUGCCACUGCGAUUGCUGCUCUUGCUCAGCCUUCCACUUUCACUUGGGUAUCUAAGGAACUAUAUGCCCCUGCUCUUGGUGGGAUCAUGUUGUCUAUUGGAAUCCGACUUUCUAUUGAUGAUUUUGCCCUUGCAUUUAAAAGACCUUUACCAUUGACUCUUGGGUUCAUUACACAAUAUAUGCUGAAGCCGGCCCUCGGAGUAUUAAUUGCAAGAGCAUUUGGCAUGUCUCGGAUGUUCUAUGCAGGCUUUGUGCUCACAUCUUGUGUUGCAGGAGCUCAGCUGUCUAGCUACGCCAGUUUUUUGAGCAAAGGGGAUGUGGCCUUGAGCAUUCUCCUAACCAGCUCUACAACCAUUGCAUCAGUACUUUUUACGCCUCUACUGACUGUCCUUCUAAUUGGAUCUGUUGUUCCAGUUGAUGCUGUUGCCAUGUCAAAGUCAAUAUUACAGGUAGUUCUUGUUCCAAUCACCCUUGGACUAGUGCUUAAUACUUACGCAAAACCAGUUGUGAAUGUCCUUCAACCAGUGAUGCCAUUUGUUGCAAUGAUUUGCACUUCUUUGUGCAUCGGAAGUCCUCUUGCUAUAAAUCGGAGCCAAAUUUUGUCCAUGGAGGGUCUCCGACUGGUUUUACCAGUACUGACAUUUCAUGCUGUGGCCUUUGCUGUGGGAUAUUUGGUCUCCAAAAUUCCAAUGUUUAGGCAAGAAGAAGAAAUUAGCAGGACAAUUUCAUUAUGCACAGGAAUGCAAAGCUCCACCCUGGCAGGGCUCCUUGCUACGCAGUUCCUUGGGAGCAGUCAGGCAGUUCCACCAGCAUGUUCAGUAGUUGCUAUGGCUAUCAUGGGCCUUUGUCUUGCCUCUUUCUGGGGCAGCGGCUAUCGGAUCAGAGACCUUCCAUCCCUACUAAUGCCACAAAGCGAUUCUACGUUCAAGGUUUGAUGAAGCACGGUUGGAGCGGUUAGAUUGAACUAACCGGUGGUCGGAGAAACUGAUGGAUGCAUGGCUCUAACAAUCGUGAGUACCAUCAGAGAUGGUUGAACCAUCAGAGAUUCAGAAGCAGGUUAUGCAGCAAUAUAUACAGCAGAUUAGGAGCUAUAUAUAUGUGUGUAUAUAGCCUCAGAAGAAAAGCAAAAGAAAAAACAGGAGCCAUAUACAUAUAUAGCGAGAACCAUGGUGGCGCUUGGUUCCUGCUGUACAUAAACCCGAUAAAUUGUACUUGAGAAAGUAUACAAAUGGUUGUAUGAAGUAAGAUUUUGCUCUC